UUACGCGAGAUCCACAGGAAAGACACGCGAGGCUAGUGACUUGGUGGUUUUCAUAUUCAACGUCAACUUGGGUACAUUUCCCUCCUGCUACACUUGUAGUUUUGUCACACUGUAACAAAAUAUUCAGAAGAGGACCUCAACUGGCACCACAACAGUCGGGAAACGAAGUAGGAUAACAGAAAAGAGAUAGAGAUGCAGGCAGCCAGUGCUAAGUGGUAUGACAGAAGGGAUGCGGUCUUUGUGGAAUUUUGUGUAGAAGACAGCAAAGAUCUCCAACUAAAAUUCGAGCCAUCACAAAUAAAUUUUAGCUGUCUUGGAGGGACCGAUAAUGCUAAACACCAAAAUGAAAUUAAGCUCUUCGAGGCAAUUGAGCCAAAUGACUCAAAGCACAAGCGCACAGACAGGUCUGUGUUGUGUUGUCUACGAAAGUCUCAAGCUGGGAAGUCAUGGCCGCGGUUAACGAAAGACAAAGCAAAGCUCACCUGGCUCAGUGUGGACUUCAAUAACUGGAAAGACUGGGAAGACGACUCGGAUGAAGAGUUCUCCAACUACGAUCGCUUCUCAGAGAUGAUGGGCAACAUGGGUGGGGAAGAUGAUCUACCAGAUGGGGAACCUGCAGAUGACGAGGACACUGCCGACAGUGAUGAUGAAAAGAUGCCUGACCUGGAGUGAAGCGGGAAUGGCGUCUGAGCUCCACUUGGAAGCAAGGAUUUUCACUUAAUGUCAAUUGGUUGGGGGGGGG